GGGGGGUGGUGGAUAGAGAGAGAGAGAGAGAGAGCCAACCAACCAACCAACCUGUUGUUGAGAAGAUUUUCAGAUCGGGAGCGGGGAGGUGAGUGAGUGAGAGAGAGAAGAGGAGUGAGCAGCCACAAACACACACACACACACACAGAUACACAGACAGAGACGGGCCAGCCACUCUCCUGCACCGGGAAGGUGACAAGUCGCUGACCUGCCUUGGACUCGGCAUGGCUUUGGCAGACGCCGUUCUCCCUUCCAUCAGCUCGUUUGCCAACUGCAGUAAUUUUCAAGAGAGACAGAACGCGAUCAUUAAGUGGUGGGAAGUAGAUGGCAGCUCGGCCAAGCUCAGCUCCACGAUCAACAAGGACGUUGUAACCCCGAUCCUUACACCCGAUCAGAUCAAGCGCGAAGAUGACGACUUUGGUUCGUACUUGGACCUGGACCUCUUCCUGUCGGAUCUUUCCAGUGGGGAAACCAGCGCCAGCCCACCCAUGCCAGCUGGCUACCCAUUGGCAGAUGGGACAGAGAAUUGCAAUGGUAAAGUGAAGAAGGAGGCCCAGCAAGCUGUGAACUGGAAUGGUUCUGAGCCCCCGCGCACCAGCCUCGUAGCUGAACUUUUGUCUUCCGAUGUCCAAACAAGUCAACUGGGCAAUCAGGCCAAUUGUCUUGACCCUCGCAGCAAAACCUACACCAAUUUAGGGGCUGCAGACCAUGAUAUGUCAGCCUCGGUACUGGAGAAGCUGGUAGACCACUCACAUAUGCCAACAGGAAGCACUGGACAUGGGUUUCAGAAGCAGGCCAGUAUGGCCUCCACUUCCUCCUCUGCCAAUCCACUGGUGGAUGAAAAGUCCAUUUUAAUACCAAGGAACCAUAUGCAAGUCCACCUGGGCCGACAGUUCUACCCUCAGACACAGAUGGAACCAACCCUGGGAGGUCUGAGGUCGCAACAGAUGAGCCAGUUCCAGAUUCCCCAGAACUAUCGAUACCACCACCUUCAACAGCAGCCGCCCCUCGGUUACCACGUACUCUCCAGAUACCCAUCCUACUACCCUCACCAGCCACCUCACCAGUAUCAGGGGCAGAUCCAUUUCUAUACAUCCAACCUCAAAUCUGCCCACCCCUCACAGGGUACAGUCCCGCCUCCUCCCUCCUCCCUGGUGGCUUUGAUACCACCCACCACAGUGCCAGAGGAGACCAAACUGAAGCGAGGUCGGAAGGCCUGGGUACGGAAGCGAGUCACCACCCACACCUGUGACUAUCUUGGCUGCGGCAAAGUUUACACCAAGAGCUCCCACUUAAAGGCCCAUCUCCGCACCCACACAGGUGAGAAGCCCUAUCAAUGUACCUGGGAAGGCUGCAGCUGGAAGUUUGCCCGCUCUGAUGAACUGACCCGCCAUUAUCGGAAGCACACGGGUCACCGUCCCUUCCAGUGCCACCUCUGCGAGCGGGCCUUCUCCAGGUCUGAUCACCUGGCUCUUCAUAUGAAGAGGCACAUGUGAACUCUCCCCACUGCACCCAAGCCUGGAUGAGGUGUGUGUGGACAGCAUCCCUGGUCCUCUGAACUAUAAGCUGCACUGAGAACGCAGUGGCAUACACCUCCCUUCUGCUGGGAGGAGAGGGGCUAUGUUAUGGUGCCCAGUUAGUUCAGUCAGGUAUGAGGGAGUAAAGGACAGGGUGAAGGGUUUGUGGGGAUUGGGAUUGAAGGAGUCCACCAGGAAGGAGGUCGUGUGGAAAAACUAGGUAUAAGCAAGAUAUUCCUUGUAUUAGACAAAAUUCAACCAUGUUUUUUAGUUACCGGAUGGGAAGGCAUAGGUGCCCAUUUAAGAUUUGGUACUAGUGGCAAAGGAUGUGUGGAUCCACCAAUUACUAACCCUCCCCCUCAUCAUGCAGACUUUCUGUUGACUCUGCCCAGGAUGCUAAUCACAAAUUCCUCAAACCAUUUCUCGCCCACUAUAUCUGGACGAAGGGGUCACUGCCCAGUGUCAGAGGGGGCACAGACUACUGGUACUUGAAGCAGGGUCAGCUCCUGGCAAGCGACACCUUGGCCCAGUGCUGCCCACUGAAUGGGCCUGGGCACGGGCACACAGUUUCUGUUGUGGUGUGUUUCGCUGUGUCAGUGAGUAACUAGGGAAGCGAGGGGCCUUUGCCAGUCAGUGGCUAUUGGGCGGUAUGGGUAAGCAGCUGCCAACCACCUCCUGGAAGGUCUGGAAUCCUCUGUCCUUAUACUGUACACGUUUUGACUGAACUCAUUCUAUCCAGUAUUAGUAAUUGUCUUGGGAUCCGGUGUCUGAUGACAAAACUGGGGUUGUUGGUGUGUUUGGAUUGUUAGAACAGCAGGGGUCAUAUCAUCUCUGAUGAUAAAGGCGUGACUCAUCAAAAACUUUGGACAUCUCCUGCCCUCUCCCAAGAAACAACAGCUCAGCAAAUGUAGAGUUCAUGGCAAACUAUAGACUCGCACACGCUCACACUCACUCUCUCACACGUGCGCGCACCCCACACUCUCACUCACACGCACACAUUGCCCAUCUCCUGGGCCUGUGUUGAAUACUGGUCAGACAGAGCUCACAGGAACCACUUUGCACUCCUGGGCUAAUGAGAAAGGGAAACCAAUGAGGCAGGGGUUAUCUGUGUGCAAUGAGCUCUCCUGUAAAGUGUGUGUACGUGGUUUAUAUCUGCCAGGGGCUGGGUCAGCUUGACCACGUGGUGACUCAUUGUCUGAGGUCACACAUGGCUGAAUGGCCAAGAUUCUGGAAAACCUUGGAACUCAUUUCCCAGCAACGGUGAGCGCUCCCAGGUUACAAAGGGCCCAUUGAAAAGGAACAGAAGUUAACCUUUUAAAGGUUUCGGCAAGUGAGCCGUUUGUUGGCAGAGCAUCUGUAAGAUUCUUAGUUAGAAGAUUCACUUUCCUGUAUUGUCCCUGGAAUUACAUCAUUGCUGUUGAUCUUUUCACCACCUGUAUGAGGUAAACAGUGUCUAUGUGUCUAAUGGGCCUGUCUCUGUGGUCAAACCAUCUUCCCCUCUCCUGGGGUGGGAACAAAAGCUCAGGGAUGAAGGAGGGCAAAGAAUUGGAGGUGAAGUCACCCAAAUACCUGAGCUGCCUGGUGUCAGUCAGAACGCUUGGAACAAUUUUUAAGGUAAAGUUCUUGAUACCAAAAAGCCUUUCUGUAGAUCAGCCAAGCCCCAUCCCCUCCCAGGGCCACAAACUCACCAAUGCUCCUCCUCAUGUUCUUCAAGCCCACCUACCCUCUCUCUCCCCAACCUCUCAAUCCCACUUACCCUCCCUCUCCCCAACCUCUCAAUCCCACCUCUCGCCAACCCCUCCAUCCCACCUACCCUCCCUCUCCCCAACCUCUUCAUCCCACCUACCCUCCUCCCGAAUCCCACCCCCUCCAAUUGCCUGCCUUCUGGCCAUACCUCCGUCCUUCCCCCCUCAGUCCUUCCUCUUGGUAGAAAAGCAUUCUAUUAUCCACAUCACUAUCAUUCCCUGGUGCUUUGCUCCACAAUUCUGGGUGGAAUAAUUGAGCCUGUAUCCCUUGUUCUUGCUGUUUUAGCAAGCCUUUCAUUGGGAGGUCAACCCCUUGCUGUGUGAUGAUCAGUCUGCAAUUUAUUGUAAAUAGCUCUGACUCGGAGAGAAAACCAUGUCAAAUGGAUGGAUGUGGAGCAACGGACCCUUGUCCCUAUUAUUACAGGAGUUGAGGGUGAUUAAUUUGUAACUGUGCUCUGGUGGUUAAACUGAAAUAAAACGUACAGAUUUAA